AUGUGACUCCUUCAUUGGUCUGUUGCACCUCUGGAUUACAGUGGAUGAGAAGAACUGUUUAAGUUUCUUCGUUAGGAUGCCACGAAAAGAGAACCCUCCUUUGACAUGGUCAGAAUGUGUGUGCACAAUCUGCCAGGAAAUCCUCCUGGAGCCAGUAACUCUGCCAUGCAAUCACACCCUGUGCAACCCUUGUUUCCAGUUAACAGUGGAAAAAGCAAGCCUGUCUUGCCCUUUUUGCCGAAAACGUGUUUCAACUUGGGCUCGUUACCAUGCUCGUUCUGGAACAUUGGUCAAUAAAAAUCUGUGGUUGAGAAUUCAGAGUCAGUAUCCAGAGGAGUGCAAACGGCGUGCUUCUGGUCAGGAGACUGAGGACAUGGAAGAUGAGUCUGUGACCUUCCCUUCUCGACUCCUAUGCAAACCAGGGGAAAUCAGGCAAGAGUAUGAAGCAGAGAUCAGCAAGAUCGAAGCUGAGCGCCUGGCCAAGGAAGAGGCAGAGAAGAAAGCAAGUGAAGAGUACAUUCAGAAGCUGCUAGAAGAGGAACAAGAGCAGCAGACACGUCAAACAGAAGUAAUUCGCAGGGAAAUGGAGGAGCAGUUAAGACAAGAUGAGGAGCUAGCUCGAUCACUUAGUAACGAUCUAAAUGCAUCCAGUACCUCAUCUGUUGUGUGUCUAGAGAGGUCACCUGUAGUUCACAAGAAGGCAAAACCUUCCAAAUCCUGCAGAAAUUCAAAAGUGAAGCAGAGUCAGUCAGCAGACAUUGAAAGGUUUCUGUCACCAAAGCAUAUGAGAGAUGAAGUUAAGAGUGCUGAUCCUCCGAUCAUCAGCCCUUACAUUGAAAGGAGCAUAACUGUAUUUGAAGAGGAUGCAAAUGAAAUGCCUACACUCUCACCUCAAGUUACCUUGUCUGCCCAGAAGCACUUGUAUCGGGCUCCUACUGAAGAGCAAGUGCUUCAUUUAGAGGUAUCCUCUAUAUUGGAACGUCACAAUGAAAGCCAACAAACUAGUGAAGUUAUCAAAAAUCUGUGCCUUGAUGAAUGCUAUACUCCCUGUGCAAGAGUAAAUGUGGAUAAUAUCAGACAAAGGUUAGGAAGUUCCAACUCUGAAACUGUAGAUUUCUGUCCAACUUCUGUUUCAAAAUCUGAUAAGAGCAACAUAGCACACAGCUUUUCUGGAUGGAACUCUACCACCAGCACACCAAAACAGCAGCUUAAAAAAAGAAAGUGUGAUGAAUGUUCUAUUGAUCCAUCUGAACACUUGGAGGACUGCGGGAAAGGCAAGCGUAAGAGAAUGCCCAACAUUGGGAGCUACACAGAUACUGGUUGCCAUGUACUGGAACGAGAUGAGAAGCUGUUUGAUUUGAGGCAGCAGGAGGAACAGGACAGGUUGCUAGCCCUACAGUUGCAAAAGGACCUGGACAAGGAAAUGAAACAGGUGAUCAGGCACAAAGGUUCUCCUGAUGAGUACCAUCUACGUCCCAAGCAAAGGAAUGAAAAGCAGGAAUAUCAGGAAUCAACACCUCUUAAACCUGAACCAAAGACUAUAACCCAGCCAAAAUCUGGUAAGGGAAAAGGUGUGAGUAGCCCAGAUGAAAACAAAAAACAUCAGGGGAAAAUAUUGAUAUCCCCAAAGGUUAAGGAAAAACAGGCUCCUGAAAAAGUGAAAAUUCUAUGGCCACACAACAAGCAGCAGACUAUACUUGAACUAUUUCAAAAGUCUGCAAGUAAAAUAAAUUGACUUGCUAGCUGCAGUCAUGCCCUGUUAAGUAUUGUGGUUUGCAACUGAUACUGCUUCAUAAAUAUAUUCUAUUACUGUGUAAUGUCUUGAUCGCAUACCAUAUCAGUCACUGUAGUAAAUACUACAUGGAAACAUAGCAGAGUAAGGCAGACCACUACUAAAUUGAAAGCUAUGGAGUUCAAAAGUAAUAAAGUGUGACUUCUUUCACAACUGCACAUGUGUGACUGAACAGUUGGGUUUCAAAAGUAUGUUCUGUUUUACACCAAAAAUAUAUUGUUUGCCGGCAGAAUGCUUAAUCCUUAAACUUUUGGCACUAAACGAGGCCUUUGCAUGGUUUAGGUUUUUAUCUGAACAUGAAGGGUUUUUUUUUGGUGGUUGUUUUCCAUUAUGAGUUUGAAAGUUGGGCAUAUUAUUGGCUUAUUGUAAACUUGCAGAACAAUAACACUGCUACUUUAUUCACUUUUAAUAGUAGUAAAGUGGGCCUUUUUGCUAGUAAACCUUUUUGCAAACUAAUAGAUGUUCUUUCUCCUCAUAGCAAACAGUAUGGUCUACAUCCUGACAAACUAUAAUGAAAGCAGACAACCCCUAUUUUUUUUAUUUUUAUUUUGUUUAGUUUGGGUCUCACUGCUGUAUAAACUACUAAA